UCAUAUGGGGGUUGUAUCUGAGUCCCAUCGCUCGAUUCGCCGGUCCCAAGCUCGGCGCUUUGACCCAGUGGUAUGAGCUGUAUUAUGACAUCGUCCAAGACGGGAAGUAUGUCUGGAAAAUUGGAGAGCUGCAUGAGCAAUACAGUCCGGCCAUCCGGAUUAACACAUGGGAACUCCAUGUCAACGACCCAGAAUUUU